UUGACACGACAGACAACAAUUCUUUAUCACCUUCCACCCUUGCAGGCUCUUUGUGAAUCUGCUCAUUUAUAUCGGCUGUCGGGUCCUAUUCCUGCAAUUCAACACAUAGGCAACGCAGGACUUUGCCCCCUAUCUUCUCAAGACCUUUUUUUUUGCCUCUUAUUAUUGCAUUUCCCCGAUCUCCGCGCCGGCGCAAAUCACCAUGGCUACUGUUGCGGUUGGCUCUCCUUUAGCGGAGGCUCUGAGCAAUGCUAUUCAGCCAAAACUGGUUGAGAUGGGGUGGAGCUCUGAUAGCAGUGAUUUGGCCUUGACGGAGUAUGUCAUCUUGAUGCUCGUCAACGGCAAAACCCAGGAUCAAAUUGCAAGUGAACUUUCCAACGAUCUUCUCGGACUCGGCGAGGGAGACACACAGGCGCUGGACUUCUCAAGGUGGCUCUUUGAGCAGGUCGAGACCCUCAACCAACAAAUCAAUGGCCAGACCGCGACGACGUCAAAUGAGAACCCUCAAGCAAUUCCCUCCUUUAAUGAUCAAGAGACCUCAACCCCUCUGGCGCAAGGGCCUGAAAAUGGCAUUCAGUCCUCUGAUAUGAACAUGGGCGACGUAACGGGAGAUGGAAUACCGACCGGACCAAAAUCCAUGCGCGACGGUCGCCAAGGCAGCCGAGGUGGAAGGGGUAGGAUGCUGAACCAAAUCAACAGAAGUCUGGAGCGCGGGGAUUCUGGUUUGCAUCGCAUUCGCGACCAGUCUGGCGGCGGCCGAAUAAACACUCACGGUCGUGGCGGGAUGAGGGGAGGACGUUUCAACCAGAACGGUAACGGACGAGCGUUUGGUGGACGACAAAUGGGCGGCAUGGGCAUGAGCAACAAUCCAAUGGCCGGUGGUGCGGGUAAUCUGAUGAACAUGAACCCGAACGACCAGAUGCACCUAAUGUCGCUCCUUGAAGAGCAAGCCAGGAUGAUGUCGCAAUUGAUGCCAGGCUUUGUCCCUCCAGCAAUCAACCCAGCCUUCCAGCAAACUGGCGGCCAACGCUCGUUGUCUGACCGAGUCGAACGCCCUAGGGGUCCCCGUCAACAAGGAGGCUUCGGAAACCGAGCGGACUCGAAAAACAUUGACACUGAUAUGGACACAAGUCCCGACCAGCAAACGCAAAAUGGUGGCCAGGAUGAAAACAACACUGACAAUGUUUGUCACUUCAACCUUCGGUGUACGCGGAAAGAUUGCCCCUUUGCGCAUCAAUCCCCCGCAGCCCCCGAAGGUACUCCGAUCGACGUUUCGGACCCAUGCUCCUAUGGUGCGGCAUGCAAAAAUCGGAAAUGUACUGGACGGCAUCCCUCACCAGCUGUGAAAUCGGCUCAUCAGGCCGAAGAGCUUUGUCGAUUCUUCCCUAAUUGCACGAACCCCCACUGCCACUUCAAACACCCCUCUAUGCCGCUUUGCCGCAACGGUGCCAAUUGCACGGCCACCGACUGCAAAUUCACACACAUCGAGACUGCCUGCAAAUUUAACCCUUGUCUCAAUCCUACUUGUCCUUACAAGCACGCUGAAGGUCAACGAGGUUCGUUUUCCGAUAAAGUCUGGACCGCAGACUCCGCGCAGGGCAAAGCACGUGUCAGCGAGCGGAAGUUUGUCAAUGAUGAGGGGUCUCCCGAGGAGCUGAUCAAGCCUGAAUCUACUGCGGACGGCUCUUCACAGGAGAUCACGACCUCAUGAUUUGUUUCAAAAUUCGAUACUUCACGAACAGUUCUUCUUCGUGCCAUUUAACGUGUAUUAUCUGCUCCUAUAUUUCGAGUCGAGGGUGAUGGUCGGGUGAUGGGCUAGGCGUUAGCAGUAGUUUCUUUUUUUAAUAACUGAUAUCACUGGGAAUGGUUGAGUGAGAUGAUAUGCCUGUAAAUAGAGUCUGGAUCAAAAUUUCAAGUGGAGCCGAAGACGUUGCUCUUCGUCGCAUGAUACUACUACGACCACUGUCUUUCCGUAGACAACUGAGACCAAUUAUCCUAGGUACAGCAGGG